GAACGUCAGCUCCGGCUCCGGCUCCGGUUCCGGUUCCGGUUGGGGUUGGGCGCUCCCUAAAGACAGCUUCUCCAACGCGCUGGCCAAGAACAUCGCGGCCGUGACGGUGUGGCUGGCCCUCAGCGUCAUCAACGGCAGCAUGGUGCACACCUUCCUCAGACACAGCGUGUUCUACGAGAAUCCGCGUUACAUCAUGUUCAUCACCAUGGUGCUGAACGAGGCGGUUCAGCUGAGUCUGGUGACGGCGCUCUACGUGUUGAGUUACGUCUUCCGGAAGAUUCACGCCUCCGUCUGCUGCCUGCUGAUCAUGUCGGCGGUGCUGACGACGCGUUCGACGCCGCUGAUUUUGGCGGGCAUGUCAGUGGAGCGCUACGUGGCCAUCUGCUUCCCUUUGCACUACGGCCAGAUGUGCACGGUACGGCGCACGCUGCUGCUGAUCGCCGCUAUUCUGACGCUGACCGCCGCGCCGCCCGUCACCGACUUGCUGGUCGGCGUUCUGCGGGAGCCCCCGGGGUUCCUCCGCACGGCCAUCUUCUGCGACCACUCGUUGCUCUUCCGCCACCGGGCCAUCUACGUGAAGAACGUUGUAUUUGACUGCGUCUACUUGUCCUUCGUGGUCCUCACGCUGGUCUUCACCUACUGCAAGAUCAUGAUGACGGCUCGCGCGGCCGCCUCCGCCGGACUGGCCUCCGUCACCCGGGCCCGCAACACCGUCAUGCUGCACGGCCUCCAGCUGCUGCUGUGCAUGCUGGCCUUCGUGGUUCCGUCCCUGCAGGCGGCGCUCAUCUCACUCUUCCCGCGACUGAGUGUGGAGAUUCGCUACGUCUUCUUCCUGCUGGUCUACAUCAUCCCGCGCUUCCUCAGCCCCGUCAUCUACGGCUUCCGCGACAAACUCUUCCGCAAGUACUGGACGCGCUACCUGGCUUGCAAGAGCCAAGCUAACGCGCGCGUCGCCGCCGUGUCAUAA